UGGGGGAGGCUGCGGGAAUCGGGGUGCGAAGCAGCCCGUGGGUGCUCGGCCUGCCGGGCUCUGCGAAGCCGGGGGGGACCCCAGACAGCAGCUGGAGGCAGCGCGCAGCCCCCAGCCCACCAUGCCCUCGUCCAAGAGCGAGAGCGAGUUCUGGAUCGAUGGAUCCCACCGGGAGGCGGCACUGGAAGAUUUCUACAUCGUGGGCCCCGAGCUGGGACGGGGAGCCACCUCGGUGGUGUUCAGCUGCCAGGAGAAGGGCACGGGAGCUCCCUACGCUGCCAAGAUCCUGAAGAAAACGAUCGACAAAAAGAUCGUGAGGACGGAGAUCGGGGUCCUGCUGCGGCUCUCGCACCCCAACAUCAUCAAGCUGAAGGAGAUUUUCGAGACGCCCUCGGAGAUCGCGCUGGUGCUGGAGCUGGUGACGGGGGGAGAACUCUUCGACAGGAUCGUGGAGAGGGGGUUCUACAGCGAGCGGGACGCGGCGCACGUGGUCAAGCAGAUCCUGGAGGCCGUUUCGUAUCUGCACCAGAACGGAGUCGUGCACCGGGACCUGAAGCCGGAGAACCUGCUCUACGCAGACCUGUCCCCUGAUGCACCCCUCAAAAUCGGUGACUUCGGGCUCUCCAAGAUCGUGGAUGAACAGGACACCAUGAAAACCGUGUGUGGGACACCGGGGUACUGCGCCCCCGAAAUCCUGCACGGGUGCCCCUAUGGACCAGAGGUGGACAUGUGGAGCGUGGGGGUCAUCACCUACAUCCUGCUCUGCGGCUUCGAGCCCUUCUUCGACCCGCGGGGGGAUCAGUACAUGUACGGCCGCAUCCUCACCUGCGACUACGAGUUCGUGUCCCCCUGGUGGGACGAGGUGUCCCCAAACGCCAAGGAUUUGGUCAGAAAAUUGAUCGUUUUGGAUCCCCGGAAGAGGCUGACGGUCCAGCAGGCCCUGCAGCACCCCUGGGUCACCGGCAAGGCGGCGAAAUUCGCGCACAUGGACAGCACGCAGAGGAAGCUGCAGGAGUUCAACGCCAGGAGGAAGCUGAAGGCCGCCAUGAAAGCCGUGGUGGCCUCCAGCCGCUUGGGCAACCACGGCCACCACGACUGCUCCCGCAGCGGCCGCGCCCAGGGGGGACCCCGGGGCCCGGCCCAGCCCGCGGGGACCGGCGGCCCUGAGGCCAGCGCGGAGCUCGGCGCCUUCCAGAGCGACCACCCCGACGCCUUCCAGAGUGACCACCACGCCGUGGGCCCGGUGACCACGCUCCAGAGUGACCACCACGCCGUGGGCCCGGUGACCACGCUCCAGAGUGACCACCACGCCGUGGGUCCGGUGACCACGCUCCAGAGCGACCAC